AGGGUGGAGACUGGAGAGCCGAGACGACCGUUGGAGGAGCCAGAGCCCGGCAGGCCGGCGGCCGCCCCUCCGCUUAAAAACCUCCUCGUCUCCCCUCGCAUCGUCUUCCAAACCCGAGCAAGCAACCUCCUCCGUGCGACCGCCCCAUGGACCGGCGUCCGCCGCUCGCCGUCUCCCCGCGCCGCCUCCGCCCGCGCCCGCACCGCGUGCCGCGGCCGCCGCUGGUGCCGGCCUCCUCCGUGAAGACGCCGCCAGGGUCGAUGAAGAAGGCGGCGGCCCCGAUGCGCGCGUCCAUCUGCGCGAUCCCGUCCCCGAUCCGCCUCGAGCCGAGCCCGAUGCGCGCCUCCAUCUCCGCGCUCCCGUCGCCGGCCCGCUUCGAGCCGAGCCCGGCGCGCGCGUCCACGGCCGCGGCGCUCCCGCCCCCGACGCGCGCCAAGCUCGACUUCCCCGCCACGGCGUCGCCCCUCGCGAAGGCGCCGGGCGGGAAGGAGAACGUCCUCCCCGCCGCGGCGCCGUCGACGCCCCCGGCGGUGACGGGGUCCGCCGAGAAGGAGAACCUCCUCCCCGCCGGCGCGGACGCCCACAACGAGCUGGUGGCGCUCAACCUCGCCGCGGUGGCCAGGGCAGCGGGCACGCCGGCCGCCGGCCCGCUCUUCGUUCGCGGCAGGCUCUACGACCUCUACUCGGCGCGCCGCGACGAGCGCCUCAAGCGCAAGCACGGCUUCCCCUACUACGAGGACUCCGCGUCCGCGGCGCUGGACCCGGAGGCUAUGGCCGAGGACCCCUGCGUCGCCGUCGAGCUGUCCAAGCGCCGCGUCGCCAAGAAGGCCUACGCCACCACUGGCGCCGAGUCCGUCAGGAGGUCCAUGCCGGCCGCCGACUUCGCCGCGGGCCGCUCCGGGGGCUUGGGGCCCAGGUCCUCACUCAGAAGCAGCAAGGAGAUGAAGAAGGCCUCCGCCGCGUCCGGCACCGUGUCGCAGGCUGUCAAGGAGAGGAGGGUCAACCCCAGGUCGUCCGCUCGUAGGAUCUGAGGGCUGGAGCGCCUCUCUUCUGAGUUGUGUGAUCUCCGGGAGAGGAGGAGGUGCUUCCUCUGUUGGAUGCGUAAUGUGGAUAUCGUGAUGCAAUAUACCUAUCUAGUAGAUGUCAGUAAAGAAAUAUUGGGCAGCUAUUGAUUGAGUUAUUGGAAAUACUAUUUUGGUAUUUGGAGCUCGUUUGGGGGAGAGA